CGCUUACAGAACAAAGACACCAGCAAACCAGCCGAACCAACGAACGAAGGAACAAUGAAAUGGAUAUAAAUGAGAGAGAUGGUGGUGGUUUUCCAGACCUAGAGCACACAUGUAACCAAGAGAGAUAGAAGAUCCUCAGACACACAGACAAAGCACACAAUCAAGUACCAGUAGUUGAAGACGAAGAAGAAGAAGAAGAAAAAGUAGAUACUAAAACGAACCAACAGAAUAGAAGAGCAAGUGAAUGAGCAAGUUUGGUUCGAUUUACCGUCUAGUUCAAAGUAACACCAGCACUAGCAGCAGCAGUAGUACCAGAGUCACCAGAGCCACCAGAGCACACCAGCACCGGCAGCACCAGAGACACCAGAGUAGACUGGAUCAUACCAGAGAGGCUAAUUCACACACUCUUCGCGGCCUCGUUGCCGUGCUUUUCACCAAUUAUUCAGUCCAUUAUAUUUUUAAGUGUUUAAAUUAUAUUUUAUAAUUACACAACUCUUACAAUAAACCAAAGUUAUAUUAAAUAUCAUAACAACCAUAUAAAUAAUAAUUAUUGUGGUGACAAAGUUGUUUGAAUAAAUACAACGAGAGUUUUAAGUGGGACAUGGGUCUUGAGUCUCAAGUUGAAGCAAACGGCAAGGAUGGAGCCGUGCAAAUUAAUCCAAUGGUUAAUGGAAAAGACAAGCGCGAAGAUGACGAACAACAAGAUAAUGAAGCGAAUGGAAGUAAUUCCAGCGAUAAUAUUUUGGAAAAAGGUGAAGUAGAGGCUACAAAGGAAGGUGAAAAGGAAAAGGAAAAAGAUAAAGAUGAUAAAGAAAAGGAUGCUGAUGAUAAGGAGAAAGAUGGUGAACAAGAAGUUGUUUUUAUACAGGAUAUGGGUUUUACGGUUAAAAUUGUCAGUCCCGGUGGUGAACCUUUUGAUAUUCAGGUAUCGAGUAUGGAAUUGGUACAGGAAAUUCAUCAAUUACUUAUGGACCGCGAGGACACAUGCCAUCGUACAUGUUUUUCUCUUCAACUUGACGGCAAUACGUUGGAUAAUUUUGCAGAAUUAAAAAAUAUUGAAGGUCUCAAAGAAGGGUCAAUUAUCAAGGUCGUUGAGGAACCGUACACUAUGCGCGAAGCACGUAUACAUGUAAGACAUGUUCGUGAUUUACUAAAAUCUGUUGAUCCGGCAGACGCUUAUAAUGGAGUAGAAUGUAGUAGUUUGUCUUUUUUAAACGUCGUUACCAAUGGAGAUAUUAUGGAAAAGAAAAAAACACGAACAGAUGCUAUCGAUUGUACCCCACCAGAUUAUAUUAUACCAGGAUCUAAAGAAAGGCCUCUUUUACCUCUUCAACCUCAAGCUAAAGAACAAAAAUGUCCGCCAUGUUUGAAGGUUUUAACAACGUCCGGUUGGAAUCCACCGCCAGGUUACAGAAAAUUACAUGGAGAUUUAAUGUAUCUACAGGUGAUUACAUUAGAAGAUAAGCAGUAUUACGUAACUGCGUGCGCGCGUGGUUUUUUUGUAAACCAGUCAUCAAAAGAAACAUUUAAUCCAAAACCAGCGACACCAAGUCAUUUAUGUCAUAGUUUAAUUGAAUUAUUAAAUCAAUUAAGUCCGGCAUUUAAACGUGGAUUUGCAGCAAUGCAACGACGAAGAACUCAACGUCAUCCAUUUGAAAGAGUUGCAACCCCUUAUCAGCUUUAUGCCUGGUGUGCACCACAAACGGAGCACACUAUUGAUGCUAUUAGAGCAGAAGAUACAUUUUCAGCAAAACUUGGUUACGAAGAGCAUAUACCAGGACAAACACGUGAUUGGAAUGAAGAAUUACAAACAACAAGAGAAUUACCACGUAAAAAUUUACCAGAAAGACUGUUACGAGAACGUGCCAUAUUUAAAGUACACAGUGAUUUUGUUGCUGCAGCAACACGUGGUGCUGUUGCUGUUAUUGAUGGUAAUGUUAUGGCUAUUAAUCCUGGUGAAGAAGCAAAAAUGCAAAUGUUUAUAUGGAAUAAUAUAUUUUUUUCACUUGGUUUUGAUGUACGUGAUCAUUAUAAAGAACUUGGUGGUGAUGCUGCAGCAUUUGUUGCACCACGUAAUGAUCUUCAGGGUGUACGUGUUUAUGCUGCUGUUGAUUUACCAGGUCUUUAUACAUUAGGUACUGUUGUUAUUGAUUAUCGUGGUUAUCGUGUUACUGCUCAAUCAAUAAUACCUGGAAUACUUGAACGUGAACAAGAGCAAUCAGUUGUCUAUGGAUCUAUUGAUUUCGGUAAAACAGUAUUGACUCAUCCAAAAUAUCUUGAAUUAUUGAAUAAAGCUGGACAACAAUUAAAAAUUUUACCCCAUAAAGUUAUAAAUGAUGCUAAUGAAGAAAUUGAAUUAUGCAGUAGCGUUGAAUGUAAAGGAAUUAUUGGUAAUGAUUCACGUCAUUAUGUUUUAGAUUUAUUACGGACAUUUCCACCAGAUGUUAAUUUUUUAAAACUUGAUGGGGUUGAAUUAACUAAAGAAGCACGUGCUCUUGGUUUUCCAAUAGAACAUAAACAUCGAUUAGCUUGUUUAAGACAAGAAUUAAUUGAUUCAUUUGUUGAAGCUCGUUAUGUUCAAUUUAUAAAACAUGCUGCUUCACAUCUUCAACGAUUAACAUCAUCACGAUUAUCACAGCAAAUGGAAAAAGAAGUUAAUGGUGAUAAAGAUGAUAAUGAUAAAGAAAUAAAAACAAAUAAAAAAGAUAACAGUGAAUCUGUUAGUACUGUGGUUGUUGAUAGUAAUAAAGAAAAUUCAGAUCAAUCAAAUAUUGAAGCUGAUGAAGCAAAAAAAAUAGUUGAAAGUAUUACAGAUUCAAUAACUGGCGGUGAAAAACAAGAACUCGAAGAAAGUACUAAAGAAAUAGUACGUAAAGCUGCUGCGGCUGUUGGAAGUCUUCGUGAGGCUGAAUUUGAUGUUAAAUUUAAUCCAGAUGUUUAUUCACCAGGUGUACGUCAUCCAGAUAAAAAUGGUGAAGCUUUAAAAAAACAACGUCAAUUAGUACGUGAUGCUGCUGAUUUUCUACUUACUGUUCAAUUGCCAACAUUUAUUCGUGAAUGUUUAGAUCAUACUGCCGCGGCAACUGAUGGUAGUACUUUAGUUGAAGCACUACAUGGUCGUGGUAUUAAUGUUCGUUAUCUUGGUAAAUUAGCAGCAAUGCUGUCAAAAGUAUCACAAUUAAAAUAUUUACAUCGUAUUUCAGUAUCUGAAUUAAUAUUAAGAUCAGCAAAGCAUAUAUUUACAUCAUAUAUGCAGGGAACAGAAUUAAUGAGUCUUUCAGCGGCAAUAAGUCAUUUUCUUAACUGUUUAUUAUCAUCAGCACAACUUAGUCAUCCACAAUUAAAUUUAGAAGAAUUACAAAGUAAAACAGCUAAACGACGUAAUAAACGUAAAGGAAGAAAUAAUGGACCACAUCAAUCAGAAGUUGAAUGGGCAAGUUUGACACCUAAAUCACUUUGGCAACAAAUAAAAUCAGAUUUAAAAAGUUAUUAUGAUUGGGAAACACCAGCUCCAGAAUCAUUAGAUGCUACUAUUGAAUAUUUUAAUUUACAAAAAAUUUCUUUACUUCGUGGUUUUAGCAUUAAAACUGGUAUACAAAUAUUAUUACGUGAAUAUAAUUUUGAAAAUAAAAAUCGUGCAACAUUUUUUGAAGAAGAUAUAUUGAAUAUAUUUCCAGUAGUUAAACAUAUUAAUCCACGUGCCAGUGAUGCCUACAAUUUUUAUACUACUGGACAGAGUAAAAUUCAACAGGGAUAUUUAAAAGAUGGUUAUGAAUUGAUAAGUGAAGCACUAAAUUUAUUAAACAAUGUUUAUGGCGCAAUGCAUCCUGAAAUAGCACAAUGUUUACGUAUGUUAGCUAGAUUAAACUAUAUUAUGGGUGAUCAUGCUGAAGCACUGGCAACUCAGCAAAAAGCUGUACUUAUGUCUGAACGUGUAAGUGGAAUCGAUCAUCCUUACACUAUCACCGAGUACAUUCAUUUGGCGUUAUAUUCAUUUGCCAACGGACAAGUAUCAGUAUCACUAAGACUUCUUUAUCGAGCUCGCUAUCUAGCUUUACUUGUUUGUGGUGAAGAUCAUCCUGAGGUAGCACUUAUUGACAGCAAUAUUUCAUUGAUACUCCAUGCUGUUGGAGAAUAUGAACUUUCAUUACGUUUUCUUGAACAUGCAUUGGCAUUAAAUUUACGUUAUCAUGGACCACAUUCAUUAAAAGUUGCUGUUUCUUAUCAUUUGGUAGCAAGAACUCAGUCAUGUAUGGGAGAUUUUCGCGCAGCACUUAACAAUGAAAAAGAAACAUACGCUAUUUACAAGCAUCAAUUGGGUGAAGAGCAUGAAAAAACAAAAGAAAGCAGUGAUUGUCUGAGACAUUUAACUCAACAAGCAGUAGUACUGCAAAAAAAAAUGAAUGAAUUGUAUACUGGAAAAUCAAGUCUUAGUUUACCACCAAUUCAAAUUCAACCACCCAGUAUGGGAUCUGUUUUAGAUUUGCUAAAUGUUAUUAAUGGAAUUUUAUUUGUUCAAAUUAGUCAGCAAGAUAUUGAAAACUUAAAAGCUGAAAUUGAAAAACGACAAAAAGAACAGAUACCUGAAAAUGACAUUAAACGUCAAGAUAGCAAGAGUUCUUCACCACCAAUGAUUAAUGAGACCGAUAAAAUACUCGCCAUUACUCAAGACACUUGCACAAAUAGUGUAGAAAAUAACAAAGAGACCAGAAAGUCAAUAACUACGGACAGUUGAAUUAAUUUACAUAAAUAACAUUUUUUUCGUAUCACUUUAUUUUUUACUCCUCUAUACUGUUAGAAAUCAACUGUCCUUUUUUCAACAGACAAAAAAAAAAGAAGAGACAAA